AUGCGCACUGCGCACAAGCACCACCUACGCGCACUGCGCAGGCGAGGGGAGAGCAGCUGGGCGCACAUGGCAGCGGACACUGCAGUGGUCCCACUCCGGGGUGUGGCGGUGGCUGGCGGAGAGGAGAGUAGCGAUAGCGAGGAUGAAGGCUGGCAGAUUGGGUACCUGGACCCGGCCUCCCAGAAAUUAAAAAGUCCAUUGCCUACAGAAGAAAAGAAUGAAACGUUUAAGAAGGCAUUGACCACUGGAGAUACUUCCUUAGUGGAGGAGCUCCUGGAUUCUGGCAUUAGUGUGCAUUCCAACUUUCGAUAUGGAUGGACCCCUCUGAUGUAUGCUGCUAGCGUUGCCAAUGUAGAGAUGGUUCGGCUCCUUUUGGACAGAGGUGCUAAUGCAAGCUUUGAUAAGGAUAAGCAGACUGUUUUGAUGACUGCAUGUUCUGCUUGUGGCUCUGAAGAACAGAUCUUGAAGUGUGUAGAGCUCCUGCUUUCAAGAAAUGCUGAUCCAAAUGUAACUUGUAGGAGACUGAUGACUCCCAUUAUGUACGCUGCACGGGAUGGCCACCCUCAGGUGGUUGCUCUCCUGGUCGCACAUGGAGCAGAUGUGAAUGCCCAGGACGAGAAUGGUUAUGCUGCUUUAACAUGGGCAGCACAUCAAGGUCAUAAAAAUGUAGUUUUGAAGUUGCUUGAACUUGGAGCUAAUAAAAUGCUACAAACCAAAGAUGGAAAGACACCGAGUGAGAUUGCAAAAAGAAACAAACAUCUUGAGAUCUUCAACUUUCUUUCUUUGACUUUAAAUCCAUUGGAAGGAAAGCUUCAAGAGCUACCUAAAGAAGAGGCUAUUUAUAAACAAUUGACAGCAGAUUCUGAUAUAGGAAAAGAUCACAUAUUUGGUUCAUACACAGCAUUUGGAGAUCUGGAAAUAUUUUUACAUGGUCUUGGACUGGAACAUAUGACAGACUUACUAAAGGAAAGGGAUAUAACUUUAAGACACCUUUUGACCAUGAAAAAAGAUGAAUUUGUAAAGUUUGGGAUUAACAAUAAAGAUCAGCAGAAAAUUCUGGCUGCUGUUAAAGAACUGGAGGUAGAAGAGAUAAAUUUUGGAGAGUUACCUGAAGUGGCAAAGUUGGAAGUGAGUGGUGAUGAGUUCCUCAACUUUCUUCUGAAAUUAAACAAACAGUGUGGCCAUUUAAUUACAGCUGUACAGAAUAUCAUUACUGAAUUACCUGUAAAUCCUCAUAAGAUAGUCCUGGAAUGGGCUUCUCCCCAGAAUUUUACUUCAGUUUGUGAAGAACUUGUUAGUAAUGUUGAAGAUCUGAGUGAAGAAGUUUGCAAACUAAAAGACUUAAUUCAGAAGCUGCAAAAUGAACGGGCAAAGGAUCCAACUCGUAUACCAUUAAUGGAAGAAGUAUCUACAUGGAAGAGUAGAAUUUUGAAGAGGAAAGCUAUUACAAUAUGUGGAUUUGGGCUGAUUCUUUUCAUUUGCAAGCUAACAUUUCAGAGAAAAUAA